AUGGAACAAAUUGAAAUGGCUUCUAUUAAUGAAAAUAUUGAUUCAACAGAGAAAAUCGAUAUUGAACAAAAACAAUCAACAGAAAUGAAAACUGAUUCUGAUUCACUUUCUCAAACGCAAUCUAUGACAAUAGACAACGAGAACAAUGUUACUGAUGUAGAAAUAUCUAUACCAUCACGGAAUUUAUUAACAUCCCAGUUAGCUAUAACGAAAUCCAUCCAAGUAUCUUCAUUAAAAUCACCAAUAGCAACGUGUUGUGGACCAUAA